CUUUUACGGGCUCGUUAUCUGUGGUUUGGAAGAGGUCGAAAAUGCCUAGCCAAUACCAACCGUUAUCACCGAUAAUUUUUGUUUUGACUGUGCUCGCAAUCACUUCUUGCCACGGUGCUAAAUGGACAUACGACGGGCCAGAUGGAGAGCAGCAUUGGCCCAAGCACUACCCCUUCUGCGGUGGGGUAUUCCAGUCACCCAUUGACCUCCAAACACAGCUGUUCCGGUACGACCCCACCUUGCCACCCAUCGAGGUCUGGAACUACAACCUGUCGUCCCAUGAGCAGCUCACCUUGGACAACAAUGGGCAUUCAGUGCAGCUGUCCUUGCCUCCCAGAAUGUACCUCUCUGGGGGUCUACCAUACCGCUACUCUGCAGCCCAGCUCCACCUCCACUGGGGCUCCCCGAGCUUUCCUGGGGGCUCUGAGCACACCAUCAAUGGAAAGCAGUUUGCAGCAGAGCUGCAUGUUGUGCAUUUCAACUCAGACAAGUACCCCAACAUCUCCAUUGCAGUGGACAAGUCCGAUGGACUGGCGGUGCUGGGGGUUCUGAUUGAGGUGGGAGAAUUCAACCCAGGCUUUGACCCGUUUCUUAAAUACCUCCGUGGCAUUAAAUAUAAGGAUCAGCAAGUGCAGGUUCCUGCCUUUAACAUCCGUGACCUACUGCCUGCUCGUCUGGACCAGUAUUACCGCUAUGACGGCUCCCUGACCACUCCUCCUUGCUACCCCAGUGUCCUAUGGACUGUGUUCAGGACCCCUGUCACCAUUUCAGUCGGUCAGUUCCAGGCUCUCAACAGUGCUGUUUAUUCCUCUGGCAUGCAAGAAUCCACCCUUGUGAUGCUGAAUGGGAACUACAGGAAGUCCCAGCACCCAGAUGACAGAGUUGUCCUGGUGUCCUUCCAGGAGGGGCGUGGGCUCCACGGCACCCUCCCAGUCACCUCGCCUCUCAUGAGGAGGCAGGUCAUUCAGCAGCUGCUGGCGGGUGACCUGGCAGAUCUGGCCGAUGAGGGUAUCUCCUGGCUGCUGCCCAAUCUCAGCCACAAGCCCAGCAAGCAGCAUGCCGAGCGCAAGAAGCAGCUGAGCUGGACCCAGACUGCGGCCAAGCAGAGGGGGCAGGGGUGGAAGGUGGAGGGAGGCGCCGGUGGCUUUUUCCCGGUCUGGAAGAGUCCCCGCGCCCCCGGGCUCCUGGAGGACCGGCUGUGCUACGGGUCCCUGGAGGAGAAGAUCUCCCAGCAGCUGAGGAGGGCUCACGCCGAGGGCCAGCUGGUGGACGCCCUGAAGGACGAGCUCUUCCCGGACCUCAACCUGCGGAGCUAUCUGGCCUGCAGGUCUGAUCUGUCCCUCGACACCGUCCGCCAGAUCCUGCGGAGACGGCCCUCGGACGAGGCCACGGAGCUGGAGCAGGCGCUGACCCGGAUCGCUCACGGGUCCAGGAGAACCCCGUCCGCGGCUCGGCUGGACCGGGCUUUCACCAAGCAACGGGGUCGCUCCCAAGCCGCCGCCCAGAACACCCACCACAGCCGAGCCCGCUGGAACCACAGCCCGCUGUGGGGGGAGUGGGAGGACUAG